AUGGGAGCUACCAUGAACUCUGAACCAGUGGACUACUACUUCCUUUCCGGAGAGGUGUCCCCACCGGUCAGUUACUCCGGCAGCCUUUUUAUCAAGACGGAACAAUGCCAAGAUCAGGAGUCCCUCUUCAACUUGAUGUCCGGGAUCUUAGGACUUUCUCCCUUCUCUGCUCUGGAAGGUCACCAGAGGCCACCAGAGACCAGCUACACCAUCCCCGAGGUUCUCCAGAACCACCUGGAUCUCUACUCUACCUGCCAGCCUGAGCUGAACAUCUCCGUGCAACCGUCUUUAGCCGAACAAGGCUAUAGUUCCUCCUUCUCGAGUGCGGAGAACCUCCAGCAGUUCCAGGCUUCUUCUGAAGAGAGGGCCUCCUCUUCUCACUGUCUCUUUCAGGAGAAGCUUUUGGAUUCCAAGCAGGACGUCAAGCUCUCCUCCAUCUCUCCCACCGCGGAGAAGUUCAAAUCUUCCUGCUCCCAUUGGGAGCACCUCAGCCAGCCUCACUCUUAUUUGCCGGCCGAGUGUCCACCUUCAGAGGCCUUCCACCCAGUGGAGGCAAGUCAAGCCAUGUUUCCCCAGAUGGCCCCCAAGACGGAGAACGUGUUGAUGGUCAGCUGCCAGUCAGAACUCAACUCUCUCUCUGAACAAUCCGGGACUUUUGGACCUCCCUUGGAUUUUGGUUGUCACGCCGAAGCAUUCCUAAGCCACGGUCAACUCCCCGCGGACUUUGUGGACACCAAGCCCCCGCCUAAACUUUCCCCUCCGUUCACCCAAGAAUUUGAAGCUCCCGUCGCCCACCCGGAAGUCCUCCCAACCUUGAUGCACCCCAACAGUCUCAAGCUGCCGGGCAACUCCAUGACGGACUUUUUAGCUCACCUCCCGAGUUCUUCCGCCAACAGUUUGGGACUUGGCAGGACCCCCGGCAGCCUGGCAGGCCCCAAGAAGAAGACACGGCGUGGGAAAUGUUCUUCUAAAUGCUUUUGUCCCAAACCCCACGAGAAGGCCUUCGCCUGCCCGGUAGAAAACUGCGUCAGGAGCUUUGCCAGAUCAGACGAGCUCAACAGACACCUCCGGAUACACACUGGCCACAAGCCCUUCCAGUGCCGCAUCUGCCUGAGGAACUUUAGCCGCAGUGACCACCUGACCACCCACAUCAGGACCCACACGGGGGAAAAGCCCUUCUCCUGCGACGACUGCGGCCGCCGCUUCGCCAGGAGCGACGAGAAGAAAAGACACAGCAAGGUCCACUUGAAGCAGAAAGCACGGGCGGAAGAGAAACUCAAGGGACUUGGGUUUUACACCAUGGGACUUUCCUUCGGGACCCUCUAA